AUGGGGCCCCCGGGCAAUAAGGGAUCAUGGGGCCCCUAUGUCCUCGCCCACACUCAAACCACACCCAAAAAAGCCCAUGAAAGGUACCAGGGGCAUCUCUUGGGGCCCCCUACUGACCCCGGGCCCUCGGUCAGUGCCCGAGUGCUCAAAUGGUCAGUCCGCCCCUGGGUAGUAUUGCAAUGCAAAUCCCCCUGGGGAUUGAAAAAAAAACCCAGUCAUUUGGUGUUGAAGUUACACACCAAACCAGCUCAUUUACCAAGAUGAUGGAAAUGGGAGCAGAGCAUCUAAAUCCCCCCAUCAU